AUGACUGGUGAUCCGAUCAAAAUCACAAACAAAAUCAAGCCCUGGAAGUCCAUGAGGACUCUUGAAGAGGACCCCAACCCUGACAUUUCUGGCCUGAAUGCCCUAGAAAGGUCUCAGCCCUGUGGUGGCAGCGGCUCCUCUGUCAGCAAGCCAAUGGACCGUCGCACGGGACAGUCCAGCAUCACCGCCGCCAAGCUUGAAUCAGGCACAGCACAGACCUGA